ACACGAUGGUUUCCACAGCAACGUCGGCCAGCAACCGUUAACAGAGACGUUUGAAAUUUCUAAGCAACUCAAACUGUUUGUUAUUUGCCAAAAGUUUGUGGCCGGGCUGUAAACAAGUGCUUGUUUCGAUCAAAGUGCAAAGUGAGAAGUGAAUCGAGAGAAUAAAACAAUUAAUAAAAGAUUUAUUUUAUAUUUAUGAACGUGUUGAGUUCAUAUAUUCAUUAAAAUUAAACUAAAGCUGAAUAAACAGUCAAUAAAAUGGCUUGUUCCACCAAAACGUUAAAGGCCUUCUCCUUAAUCUGGGAUACAAUAUAUGCGCUCUUUGGCGUGAUAGUCAUUGCCCUUGGCGUGUACAUUAUUUUAAAAUUGGAAUAUUUCGACAUAGCCGCCUUAGUCAUCAUCGUGUUGGGCGUGAUUGUUGUGCUGGCUGCCAUUUUUGGCACCUUGGGUGCCACACGUGAGAGUAGUCGCAUGUCGAAAACGUUCGUGGUCAUACUGAUCGUUUUGGUGAUACUAGAAGUAUUGGUGGUCGGCUUCUUUUGGAUCUUCCAAACAUCUUUCCUUAUCAAUGUUGAUCAGACGUUCGAUCAGUUGUGGCGCGAUCAGCCCGUGCCCAUUAAGCCCGGAAAUGUCAGCCAAAUAGCGAACAUAGAGCGUUGGCUCGAUUGCUGCGGUAAUGUUGGAUCUACAGAUUACAUACUGCCGCCAAAUAGCUGCUAUAAUAGCGAGACCGAUAAACUCAAUGUCGAGGGUUGUCGCCAAAAGUUUUUGGAUUAUAUUGCCGAUCGCUGGACAGCAUUCAACAUAUUUGCGGUGAUCCUGGUGAUUGUGGAGCUCGUCUGUGCCGUUUUUGCUUAUGUGCUGGCCAAUAGUAUUGUGAAUCGCUGGCGACGCUCGAAAUACUUUCCAAAAUAAGCACCGUUUGCAGUCUUAAGAUAUUGUGCACAUACUCAAGGCCAAAGAAUUCUCAAUACUGUGCAAAUAAUAAGCAAUAAAAUGUCCAUUGGAAUACUUAUGAUGUUUGCUAGUCUACCUCAUGUUCAUCUACACUUCAAGCAUGCGCGCACAAGAGCUCAUUGAGUGCCAAAAUCAGUGUUCAAGGAAAUUUCAAGAAAAACCAUACAAAGUAAUUUUAAUAUACUUGUAAAAGCAACUUAUAUAUUUUAUUGCAUGUGACAAUAGUUUCGCUUUGAAAUUCUCUAAACUUAAACGUAAUUAUUUGUGUAAUUUAACAAAAAAAAAAAACAUUUCAAGUGCAAGUUAUUUUAUGUAAAGUUUUCUCUACAUUUAAGCAAGUUCGCAAUAAAGUUUACGUAUAUUAGUUAACAUAAAA